AUGAAAAAUGCUACAGAAGAAGCAUGUGGUGAAUCAAAUAAACGUAAACUUACUGUAAGCGGAGACGGAACCUGGCAAAAACGCGGCUUUUCUAGUUUACAUGGAGUUGUUGAAAUAAUGUCAACCUGUUCCAGUGCAAAAGUGCUGGAUUUGGAGAGAUUAUCAAAAAGUUGUUCCAUUUGUACAGGCGCACUUAGUAUCAAAUAUUCAAAUCCAACAAAAUAUGAAGAAAUUAAAAAUAAACAUAAAUGUGAAAUAAAUCAUUCAGGCUCAUCAGGUUCUAUGGACGCAGAAGGAAUAUAUCGUUUGUUUUCACGAUAUGAGAGAAUGUACAACGUUCAAUAUAUAAAUUAUGUAGGAGACGGGGAUUCUAAAGUUUUUCCAAAACUAACUGGCUAUCGUCCGUAUAAAAAUGUAUCAAUCAAUAAAAUAGAAGACGUGAAUCAUUUUUCGAAAAAAAUGUUACAUCGUUUACAAAAGAUAGCAGAAGAUUUGAAGAAAACCAAAAUUGAUGGAAAACUUGGUAUAGGUGGAAAAGGCCGAAUGACAAAGCAAAUGAUGAUUAAUUUCAAACAAUAUUACCGUCAAGCUAUUGUGCAAAACAAAACAAAUCUAGACGAAAUGAUUCGUUCGGUUUGGGCAAUAUGGAAACACAAAGCUUCGUCGAACGACGAUCCUCAUCAUGAGUGGUGUUCAAUAAAAUAUUGUGGAUAUUUAAAAUCUCUAGAAAAAGGUGAAGAAUAUGAUCAUAAUAAGCAUCUUUUACCAUUAGGCAUUAUGAAAGCAAUUCGACCAGUGUUUGAUGAAUUAGCUCAUCCUGAUACUCUAAAGAAAGUCAUCAAUGGUGGAUCUCAAAACAGCAAUGAAAGCUCCCAUGCCGUUUUAUGGAGUUUAGCACCAAAGAAUCGAUAUGCUACUGGUGUGGUCAUUGAUCUAUGCGCAGCAAUUGCUGUAUUAUCAUAUAAUGAUACUACAACCAACAAUGAUACAGAUAGUUCAGAUGAAUCAGAUAACUCAAACAACAUCGAUUCGAACAAAUCAAUUCAAGAAAAUGUCAACAAAGGAAGGAAUGAUGAUGGUGUAGCGUAUGUGUCACUUUUGUAUCAACCAGCUGGCAAUGAACAUUUUACGUACAAAAACCAUCCAUUUACCGGUCCAUCGCGUCAGAAAUUAUCAAACUUUCUUGAACAGCAACAUACAGAUGCUGAUGAAGAUACGAAUGAUUAUUACCAGAUAAUUCACAACUCGUUUUUGUUGGAAUUAAUGAAACAAAGUCUUUGUAUUUCAUGCAAGUCAAUAUGGAAUGGUGAUAUGUCUGUUUCAAAACUCGAAGGUGCAAAUUUUGCCGGUAUUGGUCAUCAAGGUCUCUUGAAACUUUGUGCUGCUUUGAACGUACCACCUCCUAUUGACGAUGAUCAUUUUUCUCGUACCAUCGCAUAUUUACUUCCCGCAUUUGAAUCACACAAGCUUAACUCAAUGGAAAAGGCUGUAGAAGAAGCUUGUGGUCAAUCAAAUGAACGCAAACUUACUGUUAGUGGUGAUGGCACUUGGCAAAAACGUGGUUUUUCAAGUUUACAUGGAGUCGUAGCAAUAAUGUCUAGCUGCUCCAAUGCAAAAGUAUGCAUUAGAUAA